CCAACGACUUGUUUUUUAAGGCUUAUGAUUCUUGUAUCACGCAAGCGUACACAAAUAUUUAAGUGGAUCACACAAGUAUAAACGCAAUUCCCAAUCCUUUUUUUUUCUCUUUCUCUUUCUCCGUAUUAAAAAAUGGCGUUUAGGUAUGACCAUUAUGGUCUAAUCGUUAGUAUAGAUUUUGGUACCACAUUUUCAGGAACAUGUUAUGCUAUCACUGGUAAAAUGUCUCCAAAAGAGUUGAGAGAAACAAUCUACCCAAGUAUUAUUCAUGUUACUGAUUGGCCAAAGCAAAACAAUUUACAGCAUAAAACACCAUCUAUCAAUAUUUAUGAUCGUAACUUUCAUCUUUUGCACUGGGGAAUGAGUGCCUUAAACUUUAUCAAAUCUGGUCAAGUAAAGGAUGGCCAUCGAGUUAUUGAAAAGUUCAAAUUGCAGCUACCUUCAUCUAUUGCACAAAAAGGAGCUAUUCACCAAACUGGAAAUACUAGUCAACAUGAACUUUUAAAUAUGAGGGCCACAAUUGAUUACUUUAGAGAGAUCUUUGACCACACCGUCAAUGCCAUGCAAAAUGCUACUAUGGUACAAAACGUAAAAAUCGAAAAAGAAGACAUUCGUUUUGUUAUCACAGUUCCAGCACAGUGGAAUGAUGUUCAAAGAGCUAUUAUGCGCAAUGUCGCCAAGGAAGCUGGUCUUAUAUCUGAAGAAGAUCACGAAAACCGUUUGCUAGUUAUUAAUGAGUCCCUGGCCGCAACACUUUACUGUGAGCGAAAACCAGAUGCCAAAAAAGUGAAAGAAGGUAGUGCUAAGAAUGGACUUAUGGGAAAGGACGACAAGUAUAUGAUCUGUGAUGCUGGAGGAGGAACUGUGGAUCUUGCUGUAUUUGAAUCAACCGGCAGUGGUAACGAACAAGACAAUGAUAGUUUCAGAAGAUGUCAGCUCACAGCAGACAGUGGGAAAAAAUGUGGAUCGGUGUAUCUUGAUUUGAAAAUGAAGGAGGUUCUUAUGGAUAUAUGUUUUGGUGCAGAUAAAGAAUCCUGGAAAGACAAUAAGUUAAAAAUGGAGGAGCUUGAAUCACAUAUUGCACCUCUGACAGACCAGUUUCUGGUAGACAAAACGAUUUUUGGAGAGGCGAAAAAAGACUUCGUUCCUGAUUGCUGUCGUAAACUCCGAAAAAUGUAUAGUGGCAAUAAUAGCGAUAGCGACAUCGACAGUGACAACAACAGCGACUGCGGCAACAGCAGCGACAGCGACAGUGAUAGUGACAGCGGCAGCGGCAGUGACAGCGACAAUGGAAAUGUCAAUAAAAAUGACAAAAAUCGCCGAAAUAGCAUUCCAGAACCAAUCCCCACUUGUGAGGGCUGUAAUUUUAGUGAUGGACAUGAUGAAAAGUUCGUAGAGCUUGACAAUUUUGGCGAUGAUACGGUUUUUUUAAUUACGCAAGGCAAGAUAUUGGAUCAACUGAGAUUGCGAAGAGACCAUAACGAUAAACCUAUUACAAAAGAUGGUGUAACAGUAGAACAGGAUGAGAAUCAUUUUGAAAUCAGACUUUCUUACAAGUUCAUGCGAGAAGAAGUUUUUGAUGAAGUAAUCAAUAAUACAAUCGAACUUUUGAGAAGACAAAUCAAGAAGGCUAACGGAAAAAUUACACGAACCUAUCUGGUGGGAGGCUUUGGUGGUUCACCAUACUUGCGCAAACGUAUUUUAAACGAGUUUCCUGCUGAUAGCCCAUUACAUAUUGGGAGCUUAAUCCAGGACGAUAGAGGCGAUACAGCAGCAAUGCGGGGUGCUUUGAUUUAUGGUAUUGAUGGUAGUAGAAAAGAGCCUCAAUCUGAUGUCGUAGUAGCUCACUACCAAAACACCGACACUUCUAAAUACAAUACGCUUGUUUGCAUAGAUAUCGGAUAUAAUGGAACCUCGUGCUCCUACAGGGAUUUAACAACUAAAGAAGAUACUAUGACAGAAAUUGCCUGGUUUAAAGGAAGAAAGCUUCAUGAUUCCAACGGCAAAGAAAACCUCGGAUAGUAAAACUCUUUGGGGAGCUCAAGUAACAAAAACCACUAAUUUGGAUCCAGAAUUAUUGAUUGUACCCAGUGAGCUCAUGUCAAUUGUGAAGAGCGAUUUCAGAUCAUAUCUCAGCGAAUAUAUCAGGCUUGUAUUUGAGCAU